GGGCUGAGGCUGGAUUGCUGAGGAUGGUGUGUGCUUCCCGGUGGCCAGAGUGGAGACGGGCCAUUACCGAGUUAUCCUGCCUUCUGUGAAGGUGCAGCCAUGUCUGUGAUGAUAGCAAGAAAGAAGGUGAUGCGGAAAUGGGAGAAGCUGCCAGGAAGGAACACAUUUUGUUGCGACGGGCGCAUUAUGAUGGCCCGUCAGAAAGGCAUCUUCUAUUUGACACUCUUCCUCAUUGUGGGGACAUGUGCUCUCUUCUUUGCUUUUGAGUGCCGGUAUCUUGCUAUCCAUCUCUCCCCAGCUAUCCCUGUCUUUGCAGUAGUUCUCUUUUUGUUUGCAAUGGCAACCCUGUUGCGGACAAGCUUCAGUGACCCAGGGGUUAUUCCACGUGCCCUACCUGAUGAAGCAGCUUUCAUUGAAAUGGAAAUAGAGGCAACCAAUGGAACUGUGCCUCCCGGCCAACGGCCACCUCCCCGCAUUAAGAACUUCCAGAUCAAUAACCAGAUUGUGAAGCUGAAGUACUGCUAUACCUGCAAGAUCUUCCGUCCACCCCGUGCCUCACAUUGCAGUAUUUGUGAUAACUGUGUGGAACGUUUUGAUCAUCAUUGUCCCUGGGUAGGAAACUGUGUGGGAAAGAGGAACUACCGUUAUUUCUACCUCUUCAUCCUUUCUUUGUCACUUCUCACCAUCUACAUCUUCUCCUUCAAUAUUGUCUACGUUGCCCUGAAAUCCCUGAAGAUUGGCUUUUUGAAUACUCUGAAAGAAACUCCAGGGACGGCUCUGGAGGUUUUGAUCUGCUUUUUCACACUUUGGUCUGUGGUGGGCUUAACUGGCUUCCACACAUUCCUGGUAGCCCUGAACCAGACAACGAAUGAAGAUAUUAAAGGCUCCUGGACAGGGAAAAACCGUGUGCAGAAUCCCUAUAGCCAUGGCAACAUUGUGAAGAACUGCUGCGAAGUUCUGUGUGGUCCUUUGCCUCCCAGUGUGCUGGAUAGACGGGGCAUCUUGCUUCAAGAGAGUGCUAUCUCAGGGAACAGUGCUGGGCCUGAGCCCAGAACGCAAGAAGAGAGAAGCACAGAGGAAUGCAGUGCCCAGGAAGCCAGUGGUGCCCCAGAAGGUGGCAGUGCCUUCCCAGAGCGAAGCUUGCUCCCUGUGCCAACAGACAAGGUGCCACAGGAAACUGUGAAGCCACCUGCUGCUGCAGAAGAAUCAUCUGUUCCGACACUUGGUACUGCACAGAUGACACCUUAGCUUCUGAAGUGGACCUGAGAGUGCUUGUACUCGGCUGCCUCUUGUGAAGCUGCAGAGCGAGCAAGGAUGGGAACAGCCGGCUGGACAGCGUGUUGUUCCCUAGGCUAUUUGUUCGCCAGGGGUUGUGAACAGUAUCUACAAACUGAUAGUUGCCAAUGCUCCCUUUCUCAUGGAGGCUGGGCACUCAUUGUGCUGCUGAAGGACUCUUUGUCUGCCGGUAGUCUCUAAUACAAUUAAGUGAGUGCCUCUCUGGCCCUAGCCCUGAGUUCGCUGGAACAUGGAAUGUGCUGGGAAGAAGACAGAACUGAUGAUUGUGAUCUGUGCCAUCUUUCUCCCUGUGACUAUAGUAUUGUGUGUUUGACUGGUCUUAUUCACCAAUGGAGUCAGGCUGGUUAUGGAAGCUAGAACCAGCCAGGUUCAUAAAUCAUAGCCUUCCUAAAUGUUCCUAACAAACAGUGCCAAUUGGCAGCUUGAAGUCCCAAAUGGUCCUAAAUUAUAGAAUACCCUGCCAGAGGACCUCUAAGUCCUUUGUCACUCCCAACCUCUGUUCAGGUAUUGGAAUCUGUGGUGCAGUAUCAAUCUUUCCUUUUUCUCCCUCUCUUCCCCCCUCCCUUUCUGAUCUUCUUCCAUGUCCUGGAAAGGUUGAUCCUUCCUUCUCACCAGCAGUUACUACAAGGCUGCUGUGGAAUGGGUCACAAGGGCAGCGAAAUGCUCUGGAAGCAGAAGAGCCAAUGGUAUUUGGUUAGAGAGUUUGUUACUGUACAGAGAGAUGAGCUCUGGGCUCUCAGUCUGUGACUUCUGUAUAGCCCAUAAUAUCUGUGCUCUAAACUCACUUGAUCCAGUGUUGGAAGCUGCUUUGGGAAAUAACUGACUAAAUUAUGGCUAAGUCCAGAC